AUGUCAACCACAUAUUAUCCAAGCUACGAGACUCUAAAGUCGACAAGUCUCCAACUGCUGGCCUCUGCCGACUUUUUGCGUCUACACUGGAAACUCACAGACGAUGACAUUUCACGAGCGAUCACGGUUCUUCGAGAUCCAACAGAUGAGACGUCUGCUCAGGAACGAUUUUCGGCAGAUCACCCCGUGAGCAAAGCAUCCGUCACCUAUCCGCCGGUAUCCAGUAUCCCCGUCUCGGUCGAGCCUCUGGACGAAUACGCUGGGAAAUGGUGGGAAGCACAUGAUCUCCAUGCCGACAAGGACGAUCCGCAAUUCAGAUCAUGCUUUGACGCCGACGGCUCUGUGGUGCAUUCUUGCGGUCAAGAUCGACCUGGCGACGAAGGACCAAAGUUGGAAAUCGUGGCUCCUCUGGGUCAUUUCGUCAAUGUUGGGCAAUAUGUCGGUGCCGCGCAUCCCUGGUUGCGGAGUUUGGAUCAUCAGCUGAGGCUUGUCAAGGGCGAGAUUGGAUCUUGGACUUUGGAUCCGCAUGUCUUGCUGAUCGUACGACCCAGUCAACCAAGUCCUCUGAGAAUCGAUGGUCAUGAGGGUUGGACACCUUCCAACGUUGACGAUCAUUGGAGGACUUUGGCAAAGACCGCCAAGAACUUGCUUGAGCGUCGAGCGAGGGAGAAUGUCCCCGAACAGAGACAAGAUGCAUAG